GUUUCGUCUUUCCCCAUUUAUAUAAAAAGGUUUUGGCGAACAGUUAUAUAACACAACAAGGUUUACCGAGCAAAACUCAUAUUCUACACCUUUAUCGUUCUCUCUUACGAGCAAGUAAAACCUUUUCAAAUUACAAUUUUAGUGCUUAUGCAUACCGACGAACAAAGGAUUCAUUCCAUGAGCAUAAAAAUGAAACUAGACCGGAUAAAAUUGCAGAACUUGUUAAAAAGGCUGAACAAGAAUUAGCAGUUUUGCAAAGACAGGGAUAUUUAAAUAGUCUUUAUGCCGUCGACAAAUUGGUAGUAGAACAGAUGAAAAAGAAUUCUUAA